UUUUAAUGUGAACAUCAUGUGCAUGAGCUGAUGUAGGUGUGUACAGCUUGUAUACAACUUGUCAUGACUAACCCCUGUAGAUGUCACAUCCUCUGAUAUGAGUUUUGUUUUCGUCAUGAUCUUUUUUUUUGCUUUUGUUUGUUUGGUUUUUUUGUUUGUUUUUUUGUUUUUUUUUUUUGCUAUCCCCACUCUAAGUCUGCCCACAGAAGGUGUCGUCAAUGUUCCUCUUCCCUCCACCAAUUCGGAAUAAUGUUUAUUUUUCGUAUCUAUGGUCCAAAGAAUGUCUCCAGUCACACUCCUGACAAUAAAAAUGAAACAUCAAACGGUGCCAGAACUAAAGAAUCAGAAGCCUUAUCAAAGUCAUGCUGAUAAUAAUACAGAAACUCAUCAGCACCAUCGCUGUGGAGCUGCGAGCAGAAGAAGAGGCUGGCAUCAGACCAGGUAGACACACCUGAGCACAACAGUCACCCUGGUAGAGUAGCAUCUUUAGAAGUAGCAGGAUCGCAACCAUACAGUUUGUUUCCAAAAAUAGCGAUGAUGCUAAAGGAAGAUAUCAGUCGUUGGUGAUAAAUACAAUCCUGAUUGUGACGACACACACACGGGUGGCUGCUGUGAUGUUGCUGCUAGUGUUGGUGGCUCACAAGAGACGACAAACGUGAGAUUGUCAUCGUUAGCUUGUUUUCAACACUCGCUGUUCUUGCACCUGCGUCCUAGAAUAUUACCUUUACCUGUCUGAGUCCUACACCUGAACCUGCACCUGUCUGUGGUCGUCUCCAUGUGUGGUCUACAAAACGCCUGGCGAUAGCUAACAAGUAGAAGAUGGCACGGCAAAGGAGCACGCUGAUUGAGGUCACAAAGUGGGGGAUGUUGUCGUUCAUCCUUACUCUUGUUGCUAUGUCAAACAUGUGGAACGAGAAAAAGGAAGGCAGACCACAGCUCAGCCGAAAGCCAACGCAGACGCCGGGAGGGUCAUCUCCUGCGCAAGGGUCAAACACACCCCGGGUGAAAAGAAGGGUUAUGGAAACGAAACAACAAACAAUGAAAUCAGGCCAGCCCCAUGAUGCCAGGGCCUUAAACAUCAACAACAGUUGUCGCCAUGACAACCAAUGCCCAGGUCACAACGUCGAGUGUUUUUUCCACAAUUGUCUUUGCCAACCGGGUUUCUUUCUACAGACAAUGGAAGGCGCCUGCUCCGCCACAUGCAACGACUCCACACUGCACAACACGUUUGUGAAGUAUCCCGUGAGUGUCCUCCAUGGCUACUACAUAGGCGUCCAUACCCACCUGAGUGUUCACCACUGCAUGAAACUCUGCAUCCAAUAUAAAUGCCUGUCCUUCGGCUACCGAGCCUGGGGAGGUCGCUGCCUGCUCCAUGAUGUCACAGCACUCAAAGAUUCUUCACUCUGGUGUCCUAAGAGCAGCAAAGGCUGGUCCCACUACCAGCGAACUUGUCUACCAGAUUGGACGAAGGAAGCACAGCUCACCGAAUUGGCUAGAAGAUGUGUGAAGGAUGACGAAAGGAUCGGUUGGAUGGUUAUCCAGAGACGCAUGAACGGGUCUGUGGACUUCUACAGGAACUGGACCGAGUAUGAAAGGGGCUUUGGUGACCCCAAGGGCGAGUUUUGGCUGGGAUUGAGUUUGCUUCAUAACAUCACCAGCCGGAUGAGGUACAAACUCCAUAUAGACCUUGGAGAUGGCGAAGGAGGUUGUCCCUAUGCCGAGUACUCAACGUUCGCUGUCGAGGGCCCUGAGACGAAAUACAGACUAAGUGUGUCCGACUACACCGGGACUGCAGGUGACAGCAUGAAAAUUCACAACAAAAUGGCUUUCACAACAUAUGACCAAGACAAUGACCGUAAAAAAGUGAACUGUGCCAAGGAAUCGCAUGGAGGCUGGUGGUAUAACAGUUGUCACCACGCUAACCUCAAUGGCCGCUACAAGGAGGAUGGGACAGAAGGCACUGAUGGUAUCAACUGGCUUGAGCCCACAGACAUUUCCACAAGCUUCUUCUUCACCGAGAUGAGAAUACGGCCAAACCCCUGAACCAUGUACAGUCUGCUGUGAAGUCGAUGCUAAUGUUGAUGAUGUAGACGAAAAUAUAAGACUUUUAAUUUUGUGAUUUUGACGUUGGUUGAGAUCUUUAACAUGUUCAAUAUUCUCACAUUGAAAAUAAACAAAAUUUUAAAGUUUUCUCAAUAAUUAAGCAAGGGGAAAUAAAUAUUGUCACAUCAGCGUGUGUCUGACUAAUUGGAAAAAGAAAUAUUUUAUGUGACAGCAUAUUUCCUUCAACCCUUCUUCUAAAUAUGGCUUAUGUCUGCAUACGUAUGUAGAUGUAAAUCAGUAGUAUGUCCGUGGUAUAUGAGUAACCUCCUUGUCUGCUACAUGCAGUAUAUGAAGAUUAUGUUUAGUGCAUCUCACCAUGCCUGGUAUACGGGUAUAUGAAGAGUAUCUACAGUGCUUAGAUUGCUGACAUCUGAACCCUAAUGCAGGCUGGUUCAAUACCAGUUGCAAAGUCUUUGCGAGGGGCUUGAGUUGUCAUAUUUGUCAGCAUGGACAAAAGAACUGACCAGCAGGUAACAAGAACAAUGAUGAUGACAAAGUUUAUUAAUUCCAGUAAGCAGGUGUACUAGGAAAGUGUGCUUUGAGAUAAAAGUACAGAAAAAAAUAAACACAACAAGGACUAGCUACCAGAUAAAUCAUAAAUAAAAUAACCGCUAGUUACAAGACAAAGAUGAGGAGAAGAGGAAGGUAAGAUUGUGCAUCAUAGAAAGCAUACACAAAUGCAAUCUUGCAUCUAGACCAUUCUUGAGAUACACGUGACGUCACUAUCAGUUAUUUUAUCAGCCGCUGUUCCUACCUUACCUGUGACGUCACAUACUUCAAGUGGCUUGCCGUGUCAAGAGCAAUAUAUACUAUCAUUGCUUCAGUCGAUGAUGAGGGGAGAGGCUGUUUUAUUGUAUUUCUAACUAAUCUUAAAUAAGUUAAAAUAGUAAAAGUGCCACGGAUAUACCCGUUACUGAUUUUGUAUUCUUCUCGCUCACUUUUGGUUGGUUUGUAAUAGUUUAUCACUCGUACAAUUACAAUUUAUUACCAACAACAACGCUGCUGCUGCCUUCUGCUGAUGUUAGUAAGAGUAGGUAGAUUUUAAAACAUUAAGUAGAAGGGAGCGUACUACUGCUACUACUACUACUAAAGCGCUUAUAUUGAGCAGCUUCACAACCACAGCAGGGCGUACUCUAGCCUGAUCACUACAGUUUUAGUUGUGCCUGUCACAAGCAAAGUCAUCGCCAAGAACCCAGUCAAGGUACGCAACUGCAUGUGCAACUUCGUGUCUUCUAAAGAUGAUGACCUCCCUUUGUUUGUGAUUCAUCGACGACUUCGCGUGUUGACUGCAAUGUGUGGUGCUGUGACAUCAGGUAAGUCUUUCACUGGCAUUUCUGGUGUUUUAACAGUAAGAAAGUCGUGUGUGUUAAUCGUCACUCAGUCCCUCAAUGGCUUGUACAUCCCUUUUGAUAAUUUCA